AAAGAUGGGUGGGCAGAUGGAAAGUAAGAGGGACAAUUUAUGGGGUGAACAAUGGAAGCCACUUUCUUCUUCAUAGAGGCGUUUGUUUCCUUUUAUUCACAAACCCCAGAGUAAUAGCAGUUGUAGCCUUGUAGGUGGCAUUAAAAUUGCGAGCAGGUAUAGAAGAGAAUGACUGAACUUUGAAAUUGAAGUGAUCCACUUGAUUCAUGCUUUGCUUAUUAUAUUCCCUCCUCCCUGUUCUUAAUUAUGUGUUCAUGGUGAUGAGGCAGAUAAUGAACUCUCCACCAAGUGAAUAAUUUGGAACUUAAGCCUUUAUAUGUUUGUCUCGAAAGUCGAAUCUUCAUUUGCCUGUUCAAUAGAAGAGGCUUAUAGAAAACAAAUUUCUGUCUAGUUGUUGUGUCACAAUCUCUUCGUUUCCCAGUUUUAAGAUUGAUAAGUCAUUUUGAAACAAAACUGCUUCAGGGUUGUCUUAAUUAUUUCUCUUUACCUCUUGGCGUUGAUGGCUUGAUGUGCAAGAUUUGCUCUCUCCUGAAGAAUGGCAAGAUUGCAGGUGAUAUUUGAUGUUUUGUUCUGCAUGACAACUAACUAUUUGUGAAUGUUGGAGAUAAGGAUGGGGUCAUUACUAUUGAUGAAGGUAACCCUAAACUGAUUCGUUCUCCAAUUGUGCUCUAUAUCAAAAUUAUUAUAACAUAUUGACUUAAUGAUCUUUUUAUCUACCCAACCGAAGAAUCAUAAGCGAAAUUAAAAAGAAAAGAUGUAGAAUUAUGAGACUGGAAUCAUUAGAUUGUCUUUUCUUGGGAAUUGAACAGUAUGUUUAAAGGUCUGAUGCAAGGCUGGUCACAAUGGAUUAAUGGUGGGAGCACCAUUGCGUAUACGUGUUUAAUCCUACAUGGUGAUAAGUGCAUACAUCUUUAGUUAAAAAUAUUCACCAUUUCUUCUGGGAUUAGGACAGAUUUGUAUUUUUCUUUAGAGUAACCAGAUCUGGAAUAGUGAGUCUGAAACCAACCAAAGGGAGAAAAACCUAAUCAAUUUGCUAAUGCAGUUGGAAAUCCAUUGGCCAACAUAAAAGUGGCUGCACUUUCUGAGAGAGGUCUGGUGGCAAAUGUGUCAAACAUGAUGGAUAGUUAUCUAAUGUCUAUACAUGCAAACUAGAGAUUUACUUGGCUAUAACGCAUGAGUAUAUGACUCCUGAAUAAAAGUUAUUAAUAUACAUGAUGGUAGUAUCAUUGAACCCAGGGGAACCAUCAGAUGGGAACCUGUAAAGGCUUCAUUGGUUGCGAUUCUUAGACUUACAUGUAUAUUUGGAACAUGGAAAGAGGAGAAACCAAGAAAGAGAGAGAAGCAAUAUAUUAUAAAGGGAACAUAUGAGAGAUGUUCUCCAUCUCAUUAUCGACUACAUUGUUGGAUCCAAGUCAUUGCUCAGCGACCACCUGUAUUUCUUUGCCACCUUUCGUCAAGUCAUAAACUACAAGUUGCCAGAAAACUUCAACUUUCUACUUUGUUUGAAAUUCUUACAACGGUGGUCUUUUUCGUUUUUAUUCUUCCACCACCAAUUUGGUUUGGGAAUAUGCACCAUGGUGUCAUUUCCACGUCGACACUUCUAUGCCAUGACUGUGUUUGUGAUUAGCAGCAAAAAAUUGUCACUGUGUAGAAUGUUAGAACACUCACUCAGAACCUGAUUUACUCUCUCAUGCAAUUUGUGGACGUUUUUUCCCCUGUAUUCCUGACCUUGUAACAGGAGUCCAAUUAAGGCAACCCCUACUAUUAUGAUAUCACAUAGUGUUGGGGACCCUACUUGAUUUCAGGCAGUUUUCUUUUGGUUGGAAGUUCCAUAGACAAAUCGCUUCAAGCUCCUAUGACCCACUUGUCUACAAAGUUGUGGAAGAUCAACACAUCCCUACUAGUUCCCCUUACGUGCAGGAAAAUAUCAUGACUAUUCUGGAAUCGUUGGUCAUUUCUGGUGAUUUCAUUUGCUCAGAACCAAAGAAGGAUGACCUUGGACUGUACCAAGUCUGAAACCAAGUGGAUGUCAUUUUGAACAAUUCUAUAAUCAAGAGUGUUCUGGUGGUCAUCAUUUUGAAGCUAAAGAAAUCUGGAUUUGUUACUAAUGCUUCAGAAGUUUGAUAUGUAUGGACUUAAGUUCUUUGUUUUUGUCAUUAUCUUGCUUCCAGUUCCCUGUCAUCUUGAUUAGCUACAUUUUUCUAGAGUGCUGAUAAAAGAGUUAACACUAAACAGAAUGUUCUGUUCACCAUGUUAUGUGGUUUAUGUUGCUAAUAUCAGUCAUUAUCAUUUAUUGCCCUUGAACAUUUCCUUCCCAUAGACAAGACAGCUUGAUAGAGUUCAUGUCUUAUCUCUUAUGACAGUUUGUCUUUUUGUAAAAUGCACUAUGAGCUCAUAUUCUAUGACAGUUUGUUCUUUCUGUGACAUGGAUUAUUCACUCAUUUUCUAUGCCUUGGGCUAGUUGAUCAGCUUGAUGGAUAGGGGCUGGAGGCUCGUGUGAAUUAGAUGAUGUAUUUGAGCUGUGGUGUUCUUUGUACCUUUAGGUGAAUCGCAUCCAGGCACAUUUUUAACAUAACAUGUAGAUAAAGUCUACCAGUGAGAAGAUUUGUCAUAGUGGACGGGAGACAAGAGGUAAGGCAAUGAGCCAUAUGGUAUGUGAAAAUUAUACACAAAAGAAGUCAAAGGAAAAUCAAAUCAAUUUGAAUAUAUGCAGAUUGUUAGCCACUGCUGUGAUGGUUAUCCUAUCAACAUGUAUGAAUUCUUUCUCUUUAGUCAGCAAUUCUUCUUUUUUCCUUAUAAAACGAAAAGAGAAACAGUCUGACUAGUCUUCUUAAGAAUACAAAUCAUUCAUAGACAUCGUAAUUUUUUCUGCGAAUGCGUCCUUAAAACUGCAUAAUCUUUCACAAAAUUCUUACUUUAUUCUUAUUGAGCUAGAACCUAGCUACUGAUUUUUAAAAUUGAAUAUCUGAUAGAUAGGAAAUGGUUUUUUUUCUGAAGUUGGAGUGGAUAUACCGUAGGAAGUUGUAUAUCAUACUUUUACUAGCAACCCACUUAUGAGUGGGACAUCCACAUAUCCUGAGCAUGCAUGAAGCUCUAGAACAUUUUUAAUGUGCCAUGUCACAUGCUACAAGGUUUGCUAAACUGAUAAAAGUUCAGCAUGCCAUAUAGGACCACUGACCCACACCGAGCUUCUUUUUCUUCUUAAGUAGUAUAAAUAGGGCAUGCUUCUUUCUUUGAUCAAUCAUCCUUCUCUUCUCUAAGCUUUAUUUCCAAGAAGCUCACACCUCCAAUAUGGAUUUUGUACCUAAACUGACACCUUUCAUGCCUACAGUUCUCAUUGCACUUGUAUAUCUGGUACCUCUUUUCAGUGCCAGGCAAGGGCAGUAUGUUAUUGAGAAGAAGAGAUUGAACACAUUGAUCAAUGAUCAUCUUGUGACUAAUUUACCUGGCCAGCCAGAAGUGGACUUCCGGCACUAUGCUGGAUUUCUUACUGUGAAUGAAACAAGUGGAAGGGCUCUGUUUUACUGGUUCUAUGAGGCAACCAAUCGCCCUGAUGAAAAACCUUUAGUUCUCUGGCUGAAUGGAGGUCCAGGGUGCUCUUCUGUGGGAUAUGGAGCAACUCAAGAGAUUGGCCCUUUCAUAGUGGACGCUAAUGGAAAUGGAAUUAAGUAUAAUCCCGACUCAUGGAAUAGAGAAGCCAACAUGCUAUUCCUGGAAUCCCCAGUUGGAGUUGGAUUUUCAUACUCAAAUACAAGUACGGAUUAUAAUAUUCUGGGAGAUGAAUUUACAGCAAAUGACGCCUAUGCCUUCCUGCACAAAUGGUUUCUCAAGUUUCCAUCGUACAGAACGCGGAUUUUCUACAUAGCAGGGGAAAGCUAUGCGGGAAAGUACAUCCCGGAGCUUGCUGAGUUUAUACUCGACAGGAACAAGGAUCCUUCACUUCAUAUUAACCUCAUGGGUAUUCUGAUGGGAAAUCCCGAAACAGACGAUGCCGAAGACUGGAGAGGCAUGGUAGAUUACGCCUGGAGCCACGCCGUGAUCUCAGACGAAACCCACAGGGUAAUCAGCCUGAGCUGCAACUUCAGCAGCGACAACACUUGGAGCAACAACGACUGCAGUGAUUCUGUCGACGAGCUGCUGAGACAGUACAGGGAGAUCGAUAUCUACAGUCUCUAUACAUCGGUUUGUGCAGGGAACUCGGCAAGCUCAGAUCAGAAAUCCACCCAAGUUAUGUUCACACGUACUUCAAAUAUGAUGCCGCGGAUAAUGGGCGGGUAUGAUCCAUGUCUGGAUGAUUAUGCCAAGGCUUUCUACAACAGGCCUGAUGUCCAGAAGGCCCUCCAUGUGAGCGAUGGCCACCCUCUCCGCAACUGGAGCAUCUGCAAUGAGAAGAUAUUCAAUGAGUGGAAGUACUCCAAGCCAUCAGUCCUUCCUACCUACACAAAGCUGAUUGGAGCAGGAAUCAGGAUCUGGGUCUACAGCGGGGACACAGACGGGAGGGUACCGGUGCUAUCGACUCGGUACAGCAUAAGCUCGCUGGGGCUGAAGAUAACCAAGUCAUGGAGGCCAUGGUAUCACCAGCGGCAAGUGAGUGGGUGGUUUCAGGAAUAUGAAGGCCUCACUUUUGCCACGUUCAGAGGAGCUGGCCAUGCCGUUCCUGUCUUCAAACCCAGCGACUCCCUCGCUUUUUUCUCCGCCUUUCUGCUCGGCGAUGCUCCACCUUCGGCCCGAUGAACCCUGCCUGCAAACUAGAAAAAGAAAAGAAAAGAGAUGAACUACUGCUUAUUGGUUUGUAUUGUGAUGAUUGCAGAAUUGCCCUCUGUGUCUGUUCACUUCUUUCCUUCACCCUUUCCAGCCACUAGCAAUCACACUUGAUGGUAGCGUGAUGUAAUUAAAAGUUAAAAAACUA